ACAUUCAAGAUCCACUGCAGACUACCAGUCAGUACCUCAUCUGGCAAGCAGAAACUACAGUCGAUGAAGAGACGUUACCUGGCAAGUUACCAGAGACCCCUCUUAGGAUAGAACCUCCAUCUUCUUACAAGGUGAUGUGCCAGUGGGUGGAAGACUUGAGGAAAGGAUUGUGCAGAUUCUGGUUUCGAUCUUUACCCAUCUUCUUCAGCUUGAUGGAAGUUGUCGUAGUUGGAGUUGUUGGAGCAGCUCUUAUUCUCAAAGUCUUAAAGGUGAUUUUCCCUUCCUGCGAAAACAAAGGCAUCCUUCUCCUGGAUCCAGUCAGCUUUGUACCUGCGAUUACCAUCAGCUUGCCUUCAGAUCUUCCAGACAGGAAAAAUAAUUUAGAUGAGAAAGCGUGUACUUAA